AUGGGGAAAGGAUAUAAUAAUUAUAUGUGUAAGAAGUUUUUCCACCCAACCAAUUUCGAAAACAUAAAAAGAAAAUGGAUGGCUGAACAGGAACAUGAGUAUGACACAAAGAGAGAACUUGAGAAACUUAAUCAAUACCGUCGAGAACAGGAAACUCUUGAAAAUCGUGUUCUCUUGGGGGACGAAAAAGCCAGAUUGGGAUUAGCAUGGAUGUAUGAUCAACCGGCUUUACAGCCUGAAGAAAAGGAGGUUAAAUUUGAAUGGCAAAGAAAGUAUAAUGCUCCGAGAGAAAGUUACUGCAAAAAUUCAAACGAGAUCAUAGAUCAGCCUUUCGCAAUUGAAGUUCGCAAUGUCCGUUGCAUGAGAUGCAAGCAAUGGGGACAUUUAAACACCGAUCGUGUUUGUCCACUUUUUGGAAAGUCUUUUACCCAGGAGCCGACGACAAGUGACAUGGUUGCACUCGACCAAGUUCAGAAAAGUCUUCAAAAGGAAGGCUUAUCUUUAAAAAGAGGCACUGACCUGGACCGAUUCACGUCUAUAUUUAGUAAGGCGAAAAAGGCCUUGACUGAUGUCUCAAAGCGUACUUCAGAGGAAGAGGAUUCUUUGGCGAUGGAGUUUUUAAAAAAUCUUACUGAAAAGCAACGUGAAAAAUUGUUGAAAAAGCUUUCAAAGCUAUCAGAUAAGUCUUCUAAACACAAGGAACACAAGUCGAAACACAAGCAUUCUAAAAGACAGUGA